AUGCACAUAUUUGUCCAAUUUGCAUCUAGCCAUCAGCUGUUUGUGCUCAGUUACGCUCGGCUAUUAGCCGACCAGUUGAGUAUUUCUGUGCCCCAGUGUGUCCUGCAUCCCGAAACCGCCACUCUGGAGACACACGUGGAUGCCUGCUUGAUUGGAUACACUCCACCUUCGUUCCUGCCCGCGUCCACCCGCAUUGUCACAGACGAGUCGGAAUCCCCUGCUCAAGAAGUCAUGGGACGGUCGACUGACACGGCCCUAAACAGCGUCGAUACUGAUGCUCUGGACGAGUUCACUAUUUCGGCGUUACGGAUGUCCAUAACAGCUCUACAGGACCCUACAAGACUAAAGAAAAUCUAUUCCUGCCGUCCGAUUUCAUUCCAAAAAGACAAUGAUCAAUUAGCUCAUGUUGACUUCAUCACCGCAGCGUCAGUGAGUCAAUUAUUUUACAUUUUUGAGCUGUCUUUUCCUCUCUGUGUAUUAGUGUACGACAGUGAUUCCAACGGAUACUUCUGCUUGACAGAUGUUGGACGCGGCGCCAUAUUUUGUUCCUUCAGUUAUCGUUUUACUGUUGCCUAUCGUGUUGCUGUCAGUAUCGAUCAUUUCCUCCCGCUGUACGUCGGUUGGUCAAUCGUCAUCAGCUGGGCCAACCGUUCAGCUUAG